UACACAUGAUUUAAUCCCUCUGGUUAGGAUGAAGGGAUGGCGUUCUUUUCGAACCUUUUAUGGGUUUUACUACUCGUUGUGAGUUGACAAAUGGAUCAAGUUAAGACUUUAGGACCUCAUCACUUACUAAUCAUAACAUACCUUGUUUGUAUUCCUCUCUACCUGCAGGUAACAGAGUCACCUCUCCGGAGUCAUAAUGCUGCACCGGACCGAAUACCUUCCACAAGAUCUUGCACGAAUUACGCGGUAACAGAUUUCAAGAUCUCUUGCUUGUGUGCGUUAAUGUGUGCACUUAAAUUCUUAUAGAUCACUGUUCUAUUGUGCUUUCAAAAAUAAUUACGUUGUGCAUAUUUCAUUUGUACUCGUGUUUACAGCUUCAAGAGAACCUCAACUCGUUUUUAUGGUUAGUGAAACGAAACCCACCAGCUUACUUCUUCGGUACAAUCCAUGUACCUUACACUAGAGUAUGGGACUUCAUUCCUUCAAACAGCAAAGCAGCCUUCAAGACAAGUCAAUACGUAUAUUUUGAACUUGAUUUGACCAGCAAACCUACAGUUAACGCACUGUGGAAAUGUCAAAUGUUACCCAAGGGAGGACUUCUCAAGGACGUGUUACCUCGGAGUAUGUAUCGACGCCUACACAGGCAUUUGAGAUACAUAAAGAAAAUGAUCCCUAUGUGGUUGAAAGACAAUGAUGGAGAAUAUUACCAAGGAAUGGCGCCUUAUGCCGACAAAAUAUUCCAGCUUCUGACUAAAGACUGGCAGAAAAAGCGACCGAUAUGGAUCAUGCUUAUGGUAAAUUCUCUGACCGAAAGUGAUAUUAAAAAUCGAGGAAUACCAGUUUUGGAUCAGUAUCUUGCCUCGGAAGCUGCCAGAAAUGAGAAAUUCACGGGAGCUGUGGAGGAAGUGGAGGAACAGUGCCAGCCACUUAACUCACUAAAUGAUACACAGGUUAGUCGAUUGAGAAUCGCAUAAUCUCUCAAAUCUUCUCUAAGUCAAAAGUUUCUCAGUAGAAUCCAGCUUACUGGGACAAUAUAGAUUAACUGAAACUGACAACAUCAAUGUUAAAGUUAAAUUGCACGCGAUAACUAACAAUAGUUGUAUAUUUCCUAUAAGCACAUGGGACGACAGCUUCGAGCUUCGAGUAGUACUGGCGCUUUAUUGAAGCGUGAUCUCCAAUAAGUUGCGUUUUCUUUACAUUUCCUUUUUGCGUGAGUCGGCGUGCGAGCUAAUUGUAUUAUCAUGUAACAACUUCUAUUUGUUAAGUUAUGACUGCAGUAAGUAGUAUUUUUGGGUUGAUUAAAUCUCAAAGGUGCCGUUAAAAUAUUUCGAUUGCAUAAGUGAAGUGAGUGGCAUUAUUAUUUUACAUAUUAUGUGCGGACGCAUAAAAAGAGUCAUUUGUGUCUAUAUUGAGCUUUGUUAUUUACAUUGUCAAAACAGUGGGAAAAGGUUCCUUAAUCGUGUUUUGUUAAUAGCGGUUUUACUAUGCAUUUCUGGAAUGUUUAGUGAAUAUACUGAUUGUACGAGGAAAGUCUAUUAGCGGUCAAGUUUGUUUUGUAUGAGACUUGAAAGCCAAUCAGUCACCAUCUGAUGAUUAAUUUAGAGAAGGUAACCUGCCUGACUGCCUGCCUCUACACUAGUUAGUGGUUUUAGCAAAAAGUCUUUUUGCGUAAAUCGCUCUCACAAUUGCCGUCUUUACACCGGUUAAUGCAUUCAAAAGCUAUUAAGUUUUCAUUCUUAACAAUAAACAUUUGCGCUCAUGCAUUAAAAAGCGAGAAAACUUCUCUGAUUUGUGUCAUCCUUUGCAGAUUCUUUAAAUGGUCGUGAUGUCUGAACGUCACCACUCGCGUAUGUUUUAGGCGGCUUGCCUUUCGGUGUCCGGUGUCAAGCUCCGACUGGAGUAUCUAUUACAUGGUUGUUUUGUGCAGCUUUUAUCGGGUUUGAUAUGAAAACAAGGCUCAGCUGUGGUGUCAUUAAACGUUUAUUAUUAUCACGCCUUUCUGUUCAAAGAUUUGCUUGCUACAAAGGCCACGAUAUUUUGCAUUUUUUGUUCCAGGCAGACAAAAUACUGAAUAUAGACUGAGGAGAACGUUUCAUUCUUUUCGUUGAGUUUGUGUUACUUUUAAGCGGCUUUCUAUUCCUUAUGUCAAUAACCUAUAAUAUAGACAAUGGUGUUAAUUAAAUCAAGAGCGUGUCAUUUCAAAUUGCUGCAAAUUCCCAUUUUUAACCGCGGUGAGCUCAUUUCUGGCCGUAUAAAUGAGUUAUACUAGGAAGUGGCGUGCUUAUUAUAACGUGACUCACGUACAGUGAUUUUUGCAGGCGAUUUCAAGGGAAUUGUAAUAAGUAUGAAUUGAAUUGACAUAAUUAAAUAUGCAAACACGUCCUCUGUCCAUCACCUUGAGAAAUUCCCUAUUACCAGCGCAAAAAGCUAACAUUCGGCAACGGGCGGGAAGUUUUGAUCACUGUCUUCUGGGUACAUCGAGUGGCCGUCAAUAUUUGGAGUUUCUUGGAUAUGAAUAAUUCUGUGAUAUAAUGCUAUUGAUCCCUGCCCUUUUAUUCUUUGAGAUUAUUAGAAAGGCGGUACUGUUUGAUGUACCGAACUUAAAGGACUCUUGACCGAAACACAACUUGUGUAUAUGAGUGUCCUGUGUAGACAAUGAUCUGCACCACAGCCUCUCACAAUAGUAUUUUAAUAACCCAAAGUUCAAACUUCUGUUUUAUUUUGUUUUAUCUGUUGUUGUUUGAACGAGAACAUUGUCUUUUUCCUGUCACAUAACAAUGCUUUAAAAACAAAAACAAAAAAGAUACGGUAUAGCCGCAAUCAGAAAAAUACAACGCAGCGAAAGACAUUCCUUUCUUCAUGCGUAGCAGGUUGUUUUUGAUAUUUUUAAAUGUAAUUAGCCACAUUUCCUCCGUUGUUAACAAGUAACUAACAUGCCUUGCCAGUAUAUCGCAAACCUAAGGGCGAAAAAUAAGGGAAAAAGAUAAUUUGUGUAUUGCGCAAGAUGAAAGACAUAUUCAACUCAAUUUAUACAGCUGCAAUGUUAAGAUAACCAUUCUAAGUAGAGCGUACGUGAUUCACAAUGCUUCACAAGUAAAGGCAUCAGAUAAACCAUAAUGGCUUAAAGGAACUCUUCGGCUUUUAGUCAGAUAUCGUGACAUCAAUUGCUAACAUGUUUCUAGUUCAUUGUAAUGAUAAGUGAGUUAACCUGGUCGAUGAUACAUACGAUCAAAUUUUGUUUUCAUCGUUUUCCUGUUGGUAUAUUGGCGAUUAUAUGUUUCAGUAACCAGAAAGAGAGUGAAAUUAUUGUGCAAAGAAUCAAAAGAGCUUGCAUUGUUUCUGUCUUGUGAACUUUAAGGUUGAUGAUAAAGUAUGUAUGUACUUAAUUUGGAUCAAUUGAUCUCCUUAGUUAAAAAAUAACGGCAUGAGUCACCCCAGAUAACUGUGUAAGAAACCAAAUAGCCUGAAGGCAAAGGUAUACUUCACAAGAUGUUUUGCAGGGAAUAUUAAAUCUGGCAUGCGUGCCAAAGUACAUAAGUUUCCAUUUACACGUCCUUUUAGAGCUAAAUUAACAAUCAUUAGUAAGGGCUGAACUCACGUUUUUGGGCGUUACCAUUGCUGCAGACAAAGGUGCGAGUUUUUCUUGACACUCUUUUUAAUAUUCAAGAAAUCGAAGAACUACAAGGGAUGUAAGCGUCUCUUUUAUUUCAGUCUUCGCGUUAAUUAUAUAUUUGUUAAUUUCUUUGUUUAUUUAUUGUAACAGUGAUAACAGAUCUUGGUGACCAUGGAGGGAUUUUUUAAAAAUAUUUUAUCAUGGUCACUUAACUGAUGUCCGUCGUUCGUGUUGUGCAGAAUAAUAAUAAGAAAAUUUAACUAAUUGAACUCUCUUACCUUUUUCUUGCAGGUGGUCUUUGCUUUAAACCAAACACUUAACUUUCAAGAAAAGCUGCGGGUUGGCAAAGCCCACGUAGCCUAUACUACAGACGAUCUCAUAGAUCAUUAUAACUGCGGAGAUCUUACCUCCGUUCUUUUCUCGACUCAGUCAACGCGACUGCCAAGUAUAUCUUCCAACUUCUCACUAAGGCAAUUAGAGUUGAAGAGGACGCAAGAGAUUGAUCAAUAUUUCAGAAAGGAGCUCAUUUUCAAAAGGAAUGAGCGCAUGGCAAAAAGAGUAAUCGAACUUUUAAACAAGUAUCCUGAACGCAAUUUCUUUUUUGCGUUUGGUGCUGGUGAGUGUCAUUAUCAUCAUCAUAAUCACUACUACGAUCCUUAUUGUUAUCGUCAUCGUUUUCAUCAGCGAUUUUGUCAUCCUUAUCGUUAUCAUGAGCAGUAUUAAUUCUGUCAUCCUUAUCGUUAUCAUGAGCAGUAUUGAUUGUGUCAUCCAUAUUUUUAGCAUUAUCGGUAUCGAUUUCGUCAUCCUUAUCGAUUUCAUAAUCAGUAUUUAUUCUGGAAUAUCGUAUCGUUAUCAUGAGAAGUAUGGAUUUUGUAUCCAAGUUCUUAUUACUAUCAUCAUCGUUCUUAGUCCUGAAGACACCCUUUGUGUACAACGUGAUAACUAGAGUCCUGUUGUGUUUAAUUCGUUUUGUAUUUUAGUCAUCUGGUUCAGCCCAGCUGAUUUACUUUACGCCGCGUUACCAGUGGUUUAAAGUAGGAAAAAAAGGGAGGGGACGUGAAUUUUGAGUCUUUGAUAUAAUUGUGGAAAUAGACGUCGAUCAGAUUAUAUUAUUUAGAUUAUUCUUCAUCAUAUUAAUAUACUUCCUGUUUUUCUACAGGGCAUUUUCUUGGAAAUCACAGUGUCAUAGGUAUUAUGAAACGCGAAGGGUUUGCAGUAGAGCACAUGGCACCUGGCCAAAAGCUACCAACGUACGGUCUUUGAUUUAAAAAUUCACCUUCUAAACCUCUUCACUCAGCACUAUUAUUAUCAUUUUGUUUUACCAUUUCUGUUUGUCAGAGUUCUUCUCAAUUUAGUAUGCAACGUGCAAUUUAUAAUAUUUUCAUGCAAUUUGUUUUUUUUUAGUUAUAAAGUUUACUUAUUAUAUAUAAAAACCAAUGAAAUACCUUUCAAAUAUUGGUUGGACUGUUGUUCUGACACUCACAAGCUGCCAAGGUCACCCAACCUGGGAUAAGUGUCAUGUGAGAUUAACUCCAACUUUUUUUCUAGAUGUUUGUUCUCGUAGGCAUAUUGAAGACUCUGUAUGGAAUAAUUUUCCUCUCUAAAUUAGCCCAUUUUCCUUCCACGUACAACUGAUGUGAGUUUUACUCAAGACGUUUUAUAAAAAGAAUCUUCCGAAACAUAAAAACGUCCUAAAUGUAGCUUUUUUUAGGAAGGUGUAUAAAACAAACAUACAAAAAAGAUUUUGACCUAGAUGUAUCAAAUCAGUUCUUGUAUCUUUUAGAAUCCCACUCCCAUAACUUUUCUAAUGGUCCAUGCCUGAUCUACACAGCCCAAGGAAUUAGGAGUAACAUUUUUGUUGCCUUUUUUUGCAGUUUCAAGGCACUCCGUAUUACAAAUCCUCUAACAAGGAAAAAAAUAAGGCGCAGAAAAUGUCGAAAGAGGCACAGAAGAAGAUGUUCGGGAAGAAGGAGGAAAAGGCCAGAUUUCAGUCGUGUGAAGCUGGUGCUUAAAGUUACGAAAACACCAGUAGAAAAACGGUAUGUUGCAAACUUGUAUUUACUGAAUCAAACCUUUGCAGGUAAAGUAUACCGAGUUCAGCCCUUUUGAAAGACUUCCAAGGGUAUGGACACUUUCGCACUUGUUAGCGAAGGAUUUCAAAUUAGUGUAGUUUAAAGGUUUAAAUCAUGUUGAAAUUUCUUUCUCAGUGAAAAUGUAACUGAGAGUGUAAGAGAGGAUCUCAGCAACGAUGCAUCACCUAUCAUGACGUCAGCGGCAGCGCCUGUUACCGUAUGUAGCACAGGAUUGCUACUCUUACACGCACUAACACUAUGGCUGUUUGGGUGUAACCUAACAAGAAACGUCCUCUGAGAGCGCUUAAAAGUCUGAAAACUCUUUAAACGAGUUCAGGAGACUAAAUGGAUCAGUGCGGCAAAUUGCCAUCUUCAAGUCUGAGCCUCGACAGAGUGAGACAAGGGAAAUAGAAUACAAGGCUCACUGGAACAGCUCAUAUAUACGUACAAAUGAACAUACUAUUGUGAACUGCAGAGUGAGAAAUGUGAUAGAGAAAGUACAAAUGACCAGGAAAAUACAAAUAACUAUAAUAAUACAGUUUCAACAGUUCAACGUGCCGCAUUGUAACCUCUUCUUUGUGUUCACAUUAUAGACGAAGGCUCAUUAAUUUCCUCAAUCUUACACACGGUCAUAACGUCACCAUUAUUGAAUAACAUCUGAAUUUCUUUCAAUUUAAGUGUGAACCAUUUAUUGUGUCGACUACCCCGUUAUUCAGGGAUUACCUCUUUGGUAAAAGUAAGAUGAUUUCUCAAAGUUCACUGAACCCUGUUCUCUAAAAACUGGGUUGUGAGGAAGACGAUCCCUCUCUGUCUAUAACUCUCUUUUCACCCGUUCCGUGGGAUGUAAAGCAGAGUUGUAAAAAGAAAAGACUUCGACUAAAUGUGCGUCUGCUGCUUGACCUUUGAGAUGUAUAGUUACCAAUGUUUUUUUGCAUUGCCCUCUUCUCAUCGCGAAAGCAAUUAAAUUAAUUGAUUUGCGUUCUGAGAGUAAACGAACAGUGUAUUUUAAAAGAAAUUGUUAGCCAUUUAACUAAAA